CCAAUUGCAAGUUUUCUGGUGGAUUCGUUUCAGAAUAGGGUUUUCAUCGACGGUCUAAGCCAUCUUCUGCUGAUUCGCGACGAAGGCAGCGCUUCACCUGAUGUUCAGUUCUCGUUGUGGGCGGACGCAGUGAUCUUUGUGUACAGUGUCGACAACCAAGAAAGUUUUGAGCGGAUUCGACAUUUCUACAAUCAUAUGAACAAGUUCCGAAACGUUGCCGAUAUGCCGGUGUUGUUAGUCGGCACGAAGGUUCGAAUUGUUUUUGAAUUACAUUUAAACGAAUUUGGUCUGUGCUCUGUUUUGAAUCUGAUAUAUUUUAUUGCAGCCUGCUGUAAAAUUCUCCAACAACGUCUCCGGUCAUCGUUCGGAGGUAGCACGCGAACGCCGACGCCGACCACCCCAGCGGCUCCUGAUAAAAGGGACUAUCAGGAUCCGCGGUAUAUGCAAAACGUACUCUACGGUGCUGCUCCUCCUCCUCAGAAAAACGCCUAUCACCAACGCUCGAUCUCUUCAGCUCCGUUGGCGGAUCAGUUUAUGAGUAGUGCCUCGCGCAAGAGUCACGUGCAUCAGAGGGACGCUAUCGGAGUCGUUAGCGGUGGUCGUUUCAAAAAGGAGGUUUUCAUCGACGGUCUAAGCCAUCUUCUGCUGAUUCGCGACGAAGGCAGCGCUUCACCUGAUGUUCAGUUCUCGUUGUGGGCGGACGCAGUGAUCUUUGUGUACAGUGUCGACAACCAAGAAAGUUUUGAGCGGAUUCGACAUUUCUACAAUCAUAUGAACAAGUUCCGAAACGUUGCCGAUAUGCCGGUGUUGUUAGUCGGCACGAAGGAUACUCUUUCGGAAAAGAAUCCACGAGUGAUUAGCGAAGAAGAGGGCAAGCAGAUGGCGAACCAUCUGAAGCGUUGCGCUUACUACGAGACGUGUGCGACGUAUGGGUUGAAUGUUGAGCGGGUGUUCAAAGAUGCCUGCUGUAAAAUUCUCCAACAACGUCUCCGGUCAUCGUUCGGAGGUAGCACGCGAACGCCGACGCCGACCACCCCAGCGGCUCCUGAUAAAAGGGACUAUCAGGAUCCGCGGUAUAUGCAAAACGUACUCUACGGUGCUGCUCCUCCUCAGAAAAACGCCUAUCACCAACGCUCGAUCUCUUCAGCUCCGUUGGCGGAUCAGUUUAUGAGUAGUGCCUCGCGCAAGAGUCACGUGCAUCAGAGGGACGCUAUCGGAGUCGUUAGCGCUCCGUUGGCGGAUCAGUUUAUGAGUAGUGCCUCGCGCAAGAGUCACGUGCAUCAGAGGGACGCUAUCGGAGUCGUUAGCGCUCAACGUGCUGGAGAUCGUGCAAUGUCUGCUUUCGUGAUUCCACCGGGCUUGUCUGCUCAACAGCAGUUUGGCAGUCGUGCCAGUCAGCUCGACUAUCGAGGUGUUUCGCCAUCAAACAGUCAAAAGAGUAUGACUAAUGGUGAGUUGUACAUAUGA